ACUAAUUUAUCACUCGAUCAAAGGUGUGCGAGAAUUAAUCUGCCGUCGCAUUGCAUGGGGAUCAGGCAGCGUCGCCGUCUGCUCGCUGUUGCUGCUGCUUUCCUCUCGCUGCUCGCUCUCCGGAAUGCGGCGGCGGCGGCGUCGCCGGCGCCGGUGAGGGUGGGCGUCGUGGUGGACAUGACGAGCGGCGAGGGGAGGAGGAGCCUCGCCGGCAUUUCCAUGGCGGUGGAGGACUUCCACCGGCGGCGACAUCGUCCGGGCUCCGCCGCGGUGGUGGAGCUGCGGGUGAGGGACUCGCGUGGAGACGAUGGUGCUGCAGCUGCACGCGCCGCCGAAGACCUUAUCAAGAACGCACAGGUGCAGGCCAUCAUCGUCACCACGGAGGCGGAUACGGCCGUGGUUGCCCGCCUUCGCCGCCACCACCGCGUCCCCAUCCUCACCUUCCCCAUCUCCGGCGGUGCUCCUCCGCCGUCAUCACAUCAUCCACCCCACCAUGCAACGGCGACGGCGCCGCCGUUCGGCGCCGAUCACACUUCAGCCAGGGCGGCGCUCACCGGCAUCCUCACCGCCAUAUUCUCAUCAGCACGGCGCGCCGCCGGCUCGCCGCCCCAUGGCCGCCGCUACAACGCCGGCGCUCCGACUGGUCGUCGUCUCGACCGCCGGCGAUUGGCGGGGAGAAGGUCAUCAUCAGGCGAGGUGCUGCGGAUCGCCGUGCCGCGGAAGACCGGGUUCCAGGCUUUCGUCGACGUGAGAAUCGACCCGGACACCAAGAGGCAGAACAUCACCGGAUACUGCAUCGACGUCUUCAACGCCGCCAUGGCUAGAGUGCGGCCUCGCCGGAAGUACGAGUUCCACGUCUUUGACGGAUCGUAUGAUGAUCUUGUACGCAAUGUAUCUUCAGGGAAGUUCAGCGCAGCAGUGGGCGACGUGACCAUCACAGCCGACCGAGAAAACCUCGUGGAAUUCACGAUGCCAUACACGUCGUCCGGUGUGUCGCUGCUGGUGCCGGAGGAGAACGACUCCAAGCCAAUCCAAUGGAUUUUCGUGAAGCCACUGACCAGGGAUCUCUGGCUUGCCACCAUCGGCUUCUUCUUCUACACCGGCUUCGUCGUGUGGAUGAUUGAGCAGCCAAGAAACCCGGAGUACCAAGGAUCAAGUGUGAGGCAGCUCAGCACUGCUUCCUACUUUGCUUUCUCCACCCUGACGUUUUCUCAUGGUCAAAUUAUCAAGAGCCCUUUGUCAAAAAUUGUUGUGGUGAUAUGGUGCUUUGUAGUGCUGAUCCUAGUGCAGAGCUACACGGCAAGCUUGUCAUCCAUGCUAACUGCAAAGAGGCUCCGACCAUCGGUGAAAAGCUUGGAUCAGCUCCUCCUUACCGGUGACUAUGUUGGAUAUCAAAAUGGAUCAUUUGUUGGCUCACUCCUGAAAAAACGAGGGUUCAUGCCAUCCAGGUUAAGGUCUUAUGGAACACAAAAGGAGUAUGCUGAAGCUCUGAGAAAGGGGUCCAUGAAUGGAGGAGUGUCGGCGAUCGUCGACGAGAUCCCUUAUUUAACUUCUUUUUUAUCCAACCCCCAAUAUCAGAAAGAAUUUCAGAUGGUUAAUCGAUUCUACAAGACCCCCGGAUUUGGUUUUGUAUUUCCUCUAGGUUCUCCACUGGUGCAUGAUCUCUCUACAGCUAUCUUGAACCUUACAGGAGAGACUGAAGGUUCAAAAAUUGAAGAGAAGUGGUUUGGCUCAUCUGAACAGUCCACAGGAGGUGAUGCAAACCCUAGCAGCAGCAGCAGCAGUGACUCAAACCCUCUCACACUCCAAAGUUUCUCUGGCCUCUUCAUCAUCAGUGGCUGCAUCUCUGCUCUGAUGCUCCUGAUAAGCGUUGCGAAUAGGGUAAUUUGCGCCAAAUGCGCAAAGGAAGCUCGUGUUCAUGAUGUGGAGCAUGGAGGCAGUACUAGUAGCAGUGCCACUGAACAAUCAAGACCACUUCAGAUUGUUAUUGACAGCAACCCUGAACCUGAUCAAGCUGUCCAAGAAGAUGGAAAUGAUGGGUUUCAGGGUGCCCAACCGAUGCAGGGUAGUGUUGGCGAUGAAAGGCCUAACCCAGUGCAGAAUUGCAGACACAAUGGCACUGUGCCUGAACAUGAUGCUCAGAUGGAGAUGAACACUGGAUGAUAUGUCAGCGUGGUUAUGUACAGUACCCCUAUGAAAUUGCAAAAAAAACAGAUGGCAUUUGGGCUUUGUUUUGGACGCGGGAAUUUUUUCCUGAUUUUGCAUGGUCUGAAUAGUUGUAUCUAUCUGAAUGUUUUUGCAAUCCAAAUUAGGGCCUUAAUUUGGUUGGAUAUAGUUAUGUAGGAGUAGAUAUUUUAGUGGGUUUAUUCAUCAUCUAAAGUUGUUCUGUUUUGACGGUUUUAUUGCGUCGAUGUAAAUAUGUAAAAUAUUGUGUAAAUUACCAGUUAGUGAGAUAAAAACAUGAACCGAUGAUGAACUUUGUAACUUGUCAGAUGAGAUUCCCCAAUGCA